AUGUCUUCUGCAGUACCUUCAGAUUCUGACAUCGUUGCCAACGAGCGUACCGCUCUUCUCGACGCAGGUCAGCAAGGCCAAAAGAAGGCCUCCCCUUUGCCAAAACUUCAGAUUGGAAUUUUGUUGCUGACACUGCUGGUCGAGCCAAUUGCCUCUCAAUCUAUCUAUCCCUAUAUCAAUCAGCUUGUCAGUGAGUUGGACAUCACCGGCGGUGAUGAGCGAAAAGUCGGGUAUUAUGCGGGACUGAUCGAGUCUCUCUUUUUUGCCACUCAGGCACUGACCAUCUUGCAAUGGAGCCGUACUUCGGACCGUGUUGGACGUAAACCUGUUCUCUUGUUAGGAAUCUUCGGGCUUUCCUUGUCAAUGCUUUGUUUUGGGCUAUCUAGGACAUUGCCAGGGCUGAUCCUUAGUCGUUGCAUCACUGGCGCCUUGAAUGGUAACAUUGGAGUCAUGAAGAGCAUGAUGGGCGAACUCACUGACUCCACUAACAUGGCGCAAGGCUUCGCCCUGAUGCCUCUUGCGUUUUCAUUGGGUGCUACUAUCGGUCCUAUGAUCGGCGGAGCUCUAGAACACCCUCAACAACGCUUUCCUAAUAUAUUCCCUGGUGCAUUCUGGUCAGAGUUCCCAUACUUCCUGCCUAGCGCUAUUGCUGCAGCAUUCUCGAUUACAUGUUUCUUGACAAUUCUAUUCUUCUUAAAAGAGACUCUGCCCAGACAACAGACGCAAGAGAAAUCUGAGUCUGCUCUCGAUGGCGAGGCCCUCACCGUUCCCCAAAAUGCCAUCGGGGACUCCCCUGUGUCAAUCCGGUCGCUCUUCGUGCCAUCCGUACUAAUCCCAGUCGCCAACUAUGGCUGUAUCGCCACUCUCGAAAUUGCUAUGUUUGCACUUCAACCUCUCUUUUAUUCCACACCGAUUGAACUAGGGGGCCUCGGAUUUGAUCCUAUUACUAUCGGUCUGUGGAUGGGAGCGUUCGGCAUUGCCAACUGUACUUUGCAGACAACGAUUUUUGCACCGUUGGUAAACAGAUUUGGUGUCAGGACCGUUUUUCGCGUUUGCGCGGGAGCUUUUAUUCCUAUCUUCGCCCUAUUCCCGAUCACCAACAUCAUUGCGCGCCAAUAUGGAAUCAACUGGCUUGUCUGGUUUUUACUCACGUGUUCGCUGCUACUGAGUGUUUUCAUGGAUAUGACGUUUGGUUGUAUACUGAUGUUCAUCACUGCAGCAGCUCCAAAUAAGCGAUCUUUAGGAGCUACCAAUGGGCUUGCGCAAAUGACAGCAUCUAUCGUUCGAGCCUUUGGCCCCGCCACAUCCACAUCCAUGUUUGCAUACUCUGUCCAGCACAAACUUAUGGGCGGUUACGCCGUAUAUGUCGUUCUCGUUGCCAUGAGUGUCUUUGCUAUGAAGAUUACCGCCAAACUCCCUACAAGUCCAGGAAGAAAGGCAUGA